AUGUCGCCGCCGCGCGUGCUCACCAUCGCUGGUUCGGAUUCAGGAGGAGGCGCAGGCAUCCAAGCCGAUCUCAAGACGUUGCUCUCCCUGGGCACGUAUGGUCUUUCGGUACUCACGGCCUUGACAGCGCAAAAUACAGCAGGCGUGUCCGCAAUCCAUGCCUGUCCACCCGAAUUUGUGCUGCAGCAAUUCAACUCGGUAGCUUCAGAUAUCCAGAUCGAUGCAGUCAAGCUCGGCAUGUUGUGCAAUCACGAGAUUGUCGCCGCCCUGGCAUCAAGACUUGGCGAAUGGAGGAAGGCGACUGAUGCGAACGGUGGCAGUGGGGUACCAAUAGUAUUGGACCCGGUUAUGGUCUCGACAUCAGGAUCUCUGCUGCUCUCGGAAGGUGCUAUUGAGACGCUGAUUCGAGACUUGCUGCCGCUUUGCACUAUCCUGACACCGAACUUGCCAGAGGCAAGACAGCUGCUCAAGUAUGCUGCCAAGUUCACGUCGCACCAAUCAGGACCGCGCGAGCUCGAGCUGGCACAGUACAAUCACGAUACAGAGCUACCACAGAUGAUGGCAGCAGCCAAGAGCAUCGCAAAGCUAGGUCCGGAGGCUGUGCUGGUCAAAGGAGGUCACGCCAAGCUUAAAAGAUGCCAGAUUGACGCGUAUCUGGAAGGUAUCGAUGCAGGGCCUUCUGGUGUACAGACGAUACCUCUGACGGAAACUACUUGGCAAGCAUCUAGGCCCAAAGAGCGAUAUCCACAGCGCAAAGAGAAGCGUAGCACUGCGUCGAAAUCUCGGAAGGCAACGACUGAAGAGGAUUCCAGACAACUCGCGGGUGUUGAUGGCGCCAUCAUCACAGUUCAAGGCAGCGUAACGGUCAUCCGGACCGACAGGAUCCCGCUGAGCGAGGUCUUGGAUCGCCAACAUAAGCAAUCAGAUGACGAAUCUGUUGUAUGUGAUGUCAUGUAUCAACAGAUCAGCCAAGGCGAGGGUGCAUAUGUGUUGUUCGUCAAACCACUGAUCGACUCAACCGCGACACACGGUACAGGCUGCACACUCUCAUCCGCCAUAGCAGCGUCUCUUGCACAGGGCCUUUCUUUACUGCGCUCCACAUCGAUAGCGAUCAAGUACGUGCAAAACGCGAUUGCUAACGGCAUUCACGAUCUAGGCAAAGGUCCAGGCCCACUCGACCAUUCAUAUCCGUUCCAGCCACGUGGUCUCAUCACCUCACCGACUCAUACAGAUAGCUCUACAACGCAUCCGUUCGCAUUGAAUCGGAACUUGAUCUCGAACUCGCUCGAGGUUUGGACAGCCUUCGUCCAGCACCCUUUCGUAUUGGGACUGGCAGACGGCUCAUUACCAUGGGAAAGCUUCGUAUGGUUCAUGAAGCAAGACUAUCUCUUCCUUGGUCACUAUGCACGCAUCUGGGCACAAGCGGCCUCGUCGCCAGACAACACGUUCGAAGAGGUUUCUCAAUUGGCAGAGCUAUCAGAAGCGAUGGCAGAGGAAGCGAAACUACAUCAACGCCUCUGUUCGGAGAGCUUUGGGAUAUCUGCCGAGCAGCUGGAGAAUGAGACGAUGGAAAGCGCAGCGACACUAGCAUACACGCGGUUUGUGCUCGACACAGCUCGGUCCAGCGAUGGUCUGGACUUGCUCGUCGCAGUAAGCCCAUGCAUGGUGGGUUAUGCUCAAGUUGGUCUCUGGCUGGCAAAGAAGCGCAAGGCAGACAUCAACAAGGACUAUGCAGCGUGGAUCGAUGGCUACGCAGGGGACGAGUUUCAGGAGGUGGUGCAAAAGGCGAUGCGACUAGUGGAGGCCAAGGCUGCAAGAGAUGCUCCCACACCGGAGAGGCUGCGAAAGUUGCAAAAGAUCUGGAACGCGGCGUGUCGACUGGAAGCAGGCAUGUGGGAUGAAGCUAUAGAUGGUCGUUUGCGCAGAUUGGUGCUUGAACCUUGA